AUGCUAAAUUCAUUUAUUAUCACCUAUACAUUAUGUGAACCAUUUGUUCUCAAAGCUAAAACAUUGAAAGAAUUUGUCGGUCGCGUUGUCCAUUUAGUCAAUUUCGAUACAAAUUCACUUCAGCACAUGAAAGUUGUAAAUGGUAAUGCGCAAAUCAUUCGUAUGUGGUUAUCGACAGAAGAAGCAACAGUUGUUGAUAAUGCUCUUGUUGUAAUGACACAUUUAUAUAAGACAGGUGAAGUUACUAUCCGUCUACGACAUCUAUUGCAUGAAGAAUCUUCCCUUGAAAUCAACUAUUUAAUCGAUAAAAUUCAACCUAAAACACUCGAUGUCAAGAUUACUAAUGAAGUAACAAAUGACAAGAGUGACGAAAAACAAAAAAACGAUGACAGUAGUGACGCCGAAGAAGAAUCAAAACCUGACAAAAUGAAAACCACUGUAUCCAUGUUCGAUUUCGAUAUUGAUGAUCAUAAACGUCAAUUAACAUUUUGCAAUGUGGAUUUACCAGCAAAUAUGCCUCACACAAAAAUUCUGUUAGAAGAACAAUUGAAAUUAUUAAAACUUAUUGGAAAUAUCUAUUCAACUUUCAUUAAAUUAGAAAUAAGCGGUCAUCCAAACUAUCAACUAAAAAACAAACGUUACAAAAUUUACAAUCCGAGAAGUAAGAAAACUUAAAACUCUCUUCUUAGUCAUUCUGCACUAACUUUCUACUUUAAUUAGAUCCUAUCAAUACAGUAUUCUUUACACCGAGAGAAAAUCAAGAUGUAGACCAAGUAGAACUACAAAAUGUAGUUCAGUCUCGAACAACAUACUUCACUAAUAUUUGGAUUAGACUUGAACGAGAAUACGAUGAUUGGAUUGAUAGAUUAGAAAAUUCGAGAAAUAAAAGUCAUU